AAAAAUCGCACCCCUAUUUAUAAAUGGUACAGGUCUUCCAUGACACUAAAAGACAGGUGAAGGCAGACUUCAACUAUAAGGACAGCCGCAAGACGUUUGGACGGAGAGAAGAAUCACAGCCUGACAUCACAAAGGGACAAUCAUGAGCCCGAAGUUCCUGCUCUGUCUUCUCAUCAUUUCUGCACUUCUCGUCGUCAGUGAUGGCUGGCGUAGACGUCGCCGAAGGACACCGCCAGGUCCGCCCGGCCCGCCCGGCCCCAGGGGCUAUACAGGCCCGCCUGGCCGGACUGGUCCUCCCGGCACGAGAGGGUACCGGGGGUACCCUGGCCCUACUGGUGGAAGAGGCCUUCCAGGCCCACCCGGUCCGAGGGGAUAUCCUGGUCCAAAAGGCCAAAAGGGCUCCAUGGGCUUCCGUGGCCUGGUGGGGCCCCCGGGUGCAAAAGGCUCGACGGGGCUUCGUGGUCCGCCCGGUCGUACUGGAAGUCCGGGUAGUAAAGGUGAACGUGGACUUCCUGGACCACAGGGACCCGUCGGUUCUCCUGGGCAAAAUGGCGUUAAAGGCGAUCCAGGACCAGUCGGCUUAAAGGGUGACCAGGGUAUCAUCGGCCCUAUCGGACCGAAAGGAAUGAUUGGACCGGUGGGCCCUAUAGGACCAGUGGGACCAAAGGGUGAUUGCAGUAUUGGUCCAAUCGGACCCCAAGGACCAAAAGGCGAAGUCGGUCAGAAGGGAGAAAUUGGACAGAAAGGCGAGGUUGGGCUUAAGGGAGAGUUUGGACAGAAGGGAGAGCCAGGCGCAGGGUCUGUCAUCAUUCUCUUCCCCGUCAGUCUGGACGGUGGGCAGCCAACAUCCGGGACCGGGCUCUUUCAACCAGGGCAUCUCCCGCACCGGUCCAUGACGGUUGUCUUGAUCACCAUCCACAGUCAGACGGACUCCUUGCCGUCCUGUCUGGACCACCAGACUCCCCUGUACCAGGGCUUCAGUCUGGUGCAGCUGGGCGGAAACACUAUCACAGGGAACCAAGAUCUAGGUUCCCUGGGCUCGUGCCUGGUACGGUUCAGCACGUCUCCCGUCAUGUCCUGCACGGCUCGUAACGUCUGUGAGAACCGCACGGUGGAAGUCAGCACAUCAUGGCUGUCCUCUGGAAUCCAUCCGCCGACAGUUGGACAGGACCAGAGCGACGACGCCAGAGCGCGGGCGGUGGGCCGGUGUGUGGUGUGCCAGACUCACGUGGCCGUGGAACAACAGGCCAUCCACAGUCAGACCGGCACCAUACCGGACUGUAGCCCGGGGUGGAUCAGUCUGUGGACUGGGUACAGUUUUGUCAUGCACUCUGCCGAUGGCGGUGCGGGCGGAACGUUCAUCAGCAGCCCGGGAAGCUGCCUGCCUGUGUACCGUGAGAAGCCGCUGGUCACCUGUAACAGCAGCCAGGGCUGUGAGGAGCCCGAGGACCAGUCAUCCCUCUGGCUUCAGGCUUCCGGAUCCGACGGGUCUUCCGGAUCCAGCAGGUCUUCCGACUCCUCCAGCGGGACGUCCGGCUCCUCCGUCGGGAUUUCCGGCUCCAGCGGGUCCGGAUCAGCCAUCAGCCGCUGUAGGGUUUGCCAGUACAAUGGCGACUAAACAGUGUACCAGUAGAUCGAUCCGUUAGCUGCAUCUGACCAACUCUGAAGUACAGAGGCAAAAUAGAAAUUAGAGUGGUGACAUCUGCAUAAUGUUUACCUUCCCAUUCCUUAGCUUGGUCAGUACUAAUAGAUUUAACAUUGGAUACUAGUAUUGUAUAUGCAUGUACUAACUACCGAACAACGGAAACUAACCAAUAGCCAGGAAUCUGCAUGCUUGAUGUUAUAGAGCAUUUAGAACAUAUAGACUAAAAGGGUAUAUAAAGUCUUUAAACUGAAAACAGGAUGUAGUACAAAGUCUCCAACAAUAACCAGUGCAGACAUAAUUUUUAAAGAAGCCAUUUUUCAAAUGACAAGCUACAUGUUAAUGUGUUUUCUUUAUUUCCGUGCCUGAAUGUAUUGCAGUAACGUUAUAGAACAUUGUUUCAAAUGAAACUAUCGAAGGCCUGUACUAGUAGUCAGAAUGAUAACUGAACACUUUUGGUUAAGGAUUCUUCUCUGUGUAGCUUAAACAACUAUCAUGAACUGUUAGAUUUAUAGUUUGCAUAACUUCCAAACAAAUAAUAAGCAUGGCUGGACAAUACUUGUGUCCCAGUCAUUCCACAUGGACUACUAGGAUAAUGAACGUUAAUAUGAUAAUAAGACAUUACUUUGCCAUUGUUUCUAACUAGAAAAACAUUUAUAUCAUAUCCAAGACAAUUAUAAAGAUCAUUGCACAUUACUUAAUUCAGCGAGUUUCUGGUCAUAUGAAAAAUAAUAUCACAUAAUCAUAUCAUACAUACAAGAUUUACACAUUUUACAUAGUAUGUAAGUCUAUAAUGUAAUUGCAAAAAAUAUUUGGCAUUGGUUAAUAAGACAUGUACAUAUAGCAAAUGAAAUGGUUGAAUAGUAAACUAGACAGAAAACAACAUUUACGGUCUGUAACUUUGAAAGGUCAAGGUAAGUACUAUUUGUUGCACUCUCUGCCCUAGUCAAAACAUUGUGUGACAUCAGCAGUUCCUGUGAGUGACAUCAUCGACUUCUGUGCACACGAUUUACAUAUACUUCAAUACUAAGUACAUGUCUAACACAUAGAUUAUAUAUAUCAGGAUGACUUUGGAUAAUAAAUUGAGAUGCAUAUCAAGAUGAA